UUUAAAAAUCAACAAAUCAAUGCUUUCAGUAUCAAAUAAUUAAAUCUGCAUGAAAUUCUGAAAAACGCACUUUGAAGUGCAUAUCUUUACCAUCCAAGCAACAUGUGCAGCAAAUUUCAUUAGCUGUAGGCCUAUCCAUCUGUAUGCUAUGCAGUACACAUACACACAGCAAAUGUAAAAUACAGACUUUCCAUAAAAUGCUACAACAAACACUUAAAAAUCGUAAACUAAAUGAAAAGAAAAGUACUCCCAAGAUUUCACCAGAUUCUGCAAUUUCCUGCGAACAAUCAGAUGUACUUUCUGAGGAAAUGAGUAUUAAAGAUGGAUCUCCAGAAGAUUACACAGAUCUGAAUUCUGCUGACUUGAAAGCUAUGUUGGAAAAUAUUUACAGCUCAGCACUAGAACCUUCUGGGUCUGUUCUUCAGGCUGCAAAGAAAAUAGUAAAAAAUGUAUCCCAUUUCUUUCAGAAAGAAAAUUCUUCAUCUUAUGAGGAUAAUGUAAAGCAGUUUGUGAAAGAUAACUUUUUCUCAACAGUUCUAAAAAUUCACCAAAAAUAUGAUACAUGUGAAAAUGAAGAAUCUGCAAAUAAAAGAAUUAAAGAGUACCAGAUGCAAGCAUUGUUAGCUCUUGAGCUAGAAGCACUUUUCAAAUCUAGUGAUGAAGCCUCUUGUGUUAAAAUUGUUACUUCAUUUCUCAGAGCAAUGUCUUUUUAUAGUGGUGCAUCAGAGCUUAAUAAACUUCUUUUUGAAUUAUUAAAAGAAAACUACAGUCAUAAUUUAUACAAUAUUCUUGUGAAUAUUGGAGAUGAAUUGGAUAUUCCUAUCGUUGGUGAUGCAGAAUCUCCAGACAGCAUGGAUGAUAUUGCUUCUUUAACAUCAAUACCGGAUCCUGAGUUAAGUUCAGGACUAUCUCUAACAUUCUCUGAAGCAUCCUCAACAAGUACAAGUUACAGGAAACUCAUCAGACGGCGUAGUGAUAUUUCAGAUACUAAAAGUAGCCGCCAAAUCUUAUUACCUGGAACAUCUCCAAAAAAGAAAAAGGUUAAAUCAUCAGCCAUUCAGAAAAAGGCAGUUAGAUUCUCACCACGUCUAGCAGUGAAAAAGAAAAAGGAUAAAUCUAAAUGUGUUCAAGAUAAAUCUCAGACUGUGCGACGUAACCUAUUUCCAAAAGAAACUCAGCCACAAACUCCUAAGAAAAACAGAUAUAGUUCAAAUUUGUCAAGGAGUAAAAAAUUGCCCACUACCCCAAAAGGUAAACAUAGUCUAAAAGCAAGUUUUGUUGCUGAGACACCUUCACACAAGCAAAAUUUCUCAGCCUUACAGAGGAGAAAAGCAUCUAUGGAAGUUAAAUCCUCUCAGAGAGAAGUGGCGGAGUCUCCACAAAUUUCAAAAAUUCCCAAAGAUUCAGCUAAAUUGGCAUUGUUGAAGAAAUUGAAAGUUACAUCUCCUUCUACUAACAAAAACAUAAUAGCUACUAAAAACAGUGAACUUGCUCUAGGCAAUUUUAUUCUACGUUCCCCUGAGACCAAAAGAAGACUUUCUUUAAAGUUGUUUUCCAAACUUCUGUCUAGUCCAACAGCAAGGAUGGGCAUCAAAAAGUGUAGUAAAAGACUGUUUGAUGAUGUAUCACCUCAUUCAAGUGGAAUGCCAAACAAAAAGCCCAAACUUUUUUACGAAUGUAAUAAAUGAUUCUGGAUUAAAUUCAGAAAAUUGACUGUCAUUCAUUAAUUCAUCCCUAAGUCUAAAAUAUUCAGCCUUCAGUAGUAUGAAAUAAUGUGACACGCACAAAUAAUUUAAUAAAAUGUAUCUAGAAAUUUGCAUCAGUAUUAUGCAAAGUCAUAAACGUUUUUUGUUCUUUUA